CUAUACCCCUGCGUGGUCCCGGAGGUAGAAAAUAAACACACAAAAGAGAGGGCUGGGGACACAGCCCUGUAUCGGCCACGGCGCCCCGUGCCUCGCUGCGCUCUCCCUCACACCCCCCUGUCCCGCGCGAUGGUAGCGUCCGGGAGACGUCACCCAUUGUUUACAAAUCAACCCCAGCCGGCAGGGCUCCGGCUCCCGCGGCUGCGAGUGCGCCGCGCCUGUGCCCGGCUACCCCGGCCUCCGCUUUCCCUCGGCCCCGGCCCCGGCCUCCGCCUCGGCCCUGCGCCCGCUUCUGCCCCGGCCCGCCGAGCCCGCGGGCAGCCGAGCCGCCAGCGACGCCCGCUGAGCCCCGUGUGCCCGGGCGGGGGGCCAUGCCGUGCCGGAGGGAAGAGGAAGAGGAAGCCGGCGAGGAAGCGGAGGGGGAGGAGGAGGAGGAGGAGGAAGACAGCUUCCUCCUGCUGGAGCAGUCGGUGACGCUGGGCGGCUCGGGCGAGGUGGACCGGCUGGUGGUCCAGAUCGGCGAGACGCUGCAGCUGGAGCCGGCGCACCACAGCCCGGCCUCCCCGUGCGCGCCCCCAGGGCCUCCGCUGCAGCCCCCGCGGCCCCUGGCCGCGCUGGCGGCGGACAAGGCCGUGGCCCCGGCGGUGCCGCCGCUGCUGCUGCGUCCGGUGUCGGCCGAGGCGGGGGCCCCGGCGCCCCUUGGGGCCCUGCGCUGCGCUCUCGGGGACCGCGGCCGCGUGCGGGGCCGGGCGGCGCCCUACUGCGUGGCGGAGCUCACCGACUCCAGCACACUUCCCGGGCCGUGCCGGCGAGGAUGGCUCCGUGGCGCCGUCGCCUCCCGUCGCCUUCCCCAGCGUCGGUGGACCCAAGCUGGGGCGCGCGCGGGCGACGACGACCCGCAUCGGCUCCUGCAGCAGCUCGUGCUCUCGGGGAACCUCAUCAAGGAGGCGGUGCGCAGGCUCCAGCGAGCGGUCGCUGCGGUUGCCGCCACGAACCCCGCGACCGCCCCCGAAGCGGGGGGCGGCUGCAGCGCACCGGACCCCGUCACCCUGCAGACCUCGGGCACCCGGCUCUGACCCGGGUCCCGGGAGGAGGAAGAGGUCGCCGCUGCGCCGACCCAGCAGCGUCCGGAACGGAAGAAGCCAGCUCUAUUCUGGGGGGCGACGGGCCACACAUAUCAGGGAGGCGAAGUUGUGGGAGAAAACGGAAAAGCGUGGAGAAAUGCACCGGUCCGGGUGCUUGCAUGGCGCGUGAGAAUUUCCCUGGCCACCCAGGACCAAGGACCUGGAAUAAUAAACUGGGAGAACUAUGGCAGCUACUUGGAUCAACUAGUACUCGAGUUAGCCCUUGGGGGCGUCUUGGUCCUGUGCUUGGAGUGUUUAAAGCUAAGGCUCGGAGGGGUGGGAAUCGCGGAGGCUAACAAUACUUGAAAACUAAUGAUACGAAUGCCCUUUUCUCAUUUUCCGGUGGUGGAGCUUUGUAAACAUGGUGCUAAAAGUGCAAAGAAAUUGUGGGGUGAAUGUAAAAGCUUGGUGGUGGGUGGGUUGGCAGAGCCCUCCUCCCCCUUUCUCCUGCUCAGUGGCUGGGUGGAGGUGAGAGAAGAGGCUGGAAGGGGGGGAAGGAGAAUUUGGAAGGUGAGGGGACUUGAGUUGGAAUGUGGACUUUUAAAUGACUUGACCUUGCUUCCUGUGGUUCAAGGUCAGGUUUGCUGUAAGUGGGGAGGCUGUGGGGUUCUGGGGAAGAGCUAAGUCACCCACGGAUAUUUUCUUUCUCUUGCUCUAAGAAGACCGGUCUCUUUUGCCGCCACCAAUUGGAGUCUCCCAGGCAGAGGGACCUGUAGGGAGAAUGCCUCGCUUUUUCUGUGCUUUCCUCUCCAGAACUCCAGCUCCUGCCCGGGCCACUCUUGGCCACACCACCAACUUUCUCAGAAAUGGUCAUAAACAAUCUCCUGUCCUUUCUGGUGUCUGUGGGGUUGGAGGAAAGCCCUGGACUCCUUUCUGCUUGGUUCUGGCCUCGUGGGCCUGAGCCUCUGGUCUGCAGUUCCUCACCUGCCAGCUCUUUUUAGUGAGUGGAAACCGUUUUUAAAAUGUGACUCUCCAAGGGGAGAAACUGCUGGCUUUACCCUUGUGAAACUUGAUGGCACUUUAGUAAGGUGCCCACCCCUUCCCCAAUUUUAAGGUAGCUAAAUGAUUUUUUUUUUUUAAGAUUCAAUGGCUUGUUCAUCCUCCAGAUGUAGCUAUUGAGGUACACUUCGCAACGGAGUGUCUGAAAUUGUGGUGGUCCUGAUUUACAGGAUUUCUUAAUUAAAAUGUCUGCUGAAUAAAUUUGGUUUUUGUUUUGGA